GCAAUCUUUUGGGCCUAAUUGAACUUGUGGCCUAAUAUUGGGCUAACAAAGUGUUCUGAACUUGUAUAACAGACCAUGGGCCCAUAGCUACUGAAUAUCCAUCAUUGCUAAUGGACAUACACAUCACCGAAUCACAGUAAUUUUCCCACUUUCAAAUUUCUUUACUUUCUUCGACCUCCGUGAACAGAAAAGUCCUAAAUGCUCCAUAGCAUCAUAAGGAAACCGAAUACCUUAACGACGGUUUUAUGCCGCCGUUUCUGUCCGUCAAGUUCUGCGUUUAGUAUUUUCUUUUCAUCUUCUAGAUUAUUCUUCUCUACUGACUCGGUUGCCAAUAACUCGCCGGUAACUCCAAGAACGGAGUUGACUCGGCUGCCCAGUAUACUAGAGGAUUGUGACUACAAGCACUGGCUCGUGGUUAUGGAGGCUCCUAAGGAAUAUCCACUUCGAGAUGAGAUUAUCAAUCGCUAUGUCAAGACUCUGGCAAUGGCCUUGGGCAGUGAAGAGAAAGCAAAGGAAUCAAUAUACUCUGUUUCGACGAAGUACUACUAUGCCUUUGGUUGCAAUGUGUCGGAAAAUCUCACUUACAAGAUCAAAUCUCUUCCUGAUGUAAAAUGGGUUUUACCGGAUUCAUAUUUGUGCUGCGGUGAAAGUAGUUACGGAGGAGAGCCGUUUUUUGAUGGGGAAGUUGUUCCUUAUGAUGACAAGUAUCACGAGGACUGGGUUCGGAAUCAAAUUAAUGAAAAACACGCAACCAUGGGCCAUGUGAAGAAAGCAAGGAGAAAACAGAAGAAAAGUUCUUCGAAUUGAAGAGAGCUUCUUGUCAUAAGGAGGUAUUCCUGACUAGAUCUUUUUUAUAGAUCAUGUAGAAGUUUUGUUUGUAUAGAUAUUGAAGCAUGAGAAUGUCCACCCUUGAUGCAACUAGUUCUGUUCUCUUGAUGAAUCAUUUGAGAUAGAAUGAAUAUGGAUUCCAUUGGAAACUUGGAUUACGCAAAUUAAUUUGGAAAAUUAUGAAAUUGCCUGAAAAUGUCUCUCUCUGUACCUGAUAAAGAAAUAUAUGCGCAAGGCACAUGGAGACAACUUGAUCUUAACCAUUCAUCAAUAUGACAUUUCGUUUAUGGUGUGCAAAACCAGUUGUACUGUAGCUUCUGCAAAAUCCAGGUGAAGUAAUGAAAUAACUCUAGCAACAUGGUAAAGCAACAAAUAUGUACUCCUUGGAGUCGAUUAGCACAUUAGUUCUCUGCCAGCCACGCAGCUAUUAUUGAACCUGCCUAACAGUCUUAACACACAAGAUUAUUUCAAUUUCAUAGUUCAAUUGCGAUGUAAAUAACCUUAUGCUAUACUUCGUUACAUUGUGACUCUGUAGUUUGUCUAAGUCUUGUGAUCCAUCAAAACACAAAAGAAAAUGAGAUUUCGUUUUGUGAUGAGAA